UUACCAGCUGGCCUUUUCCAGCUGGAAGAUACUGUUGCUGAUGAUUACAAUGAUGCACGGGCUGAUUAUCUACAACUGCUGAACCAAGAGAACUGUGAAUUAAGAGCUCUAGAAUUUCGUCGCUUAGCACUGAAUCUGUGCAUGCAACAGGAACCAACAAUUGAGGGGCAUAAUGCCGGAAUUGAUGCUUUGCUAUUAGCUGCAGAAUGCUAUGUUAAUCCAUUUUUUCUCUUGGAUUUACGGCUUAAUUCAGAGCCUCUGGAUCGAAUUGAACGUACUCAUUCGGAGUUGAUACAACGGAAUGCCUCCUUUGAGUUGAAAGAUUUGCUUGUGAAAGAUUUAGAUCUAGCGACAGUGCACAGUUUGGAGAAUAAACGGGAUAGAGCUGUCCUAGAUUUACUCCUGCAAGCUGCAAAAUUUGACUGUGAAUACCAGGCAAAGAUACCCGACGGUGAAGUCUAUCCAAAUGAUGCUGAGGAUGACAAGCAAGCUAUAGAAAUUUCACCAGAAGUUACAGACCUUGUGGAUGCUGUAACUUUGGUCAGAAAGAACCAAGCUCUGCUUUGGCACUUUAUUAUGAAGCAAUUUGGAAGGAAAGGGCAUUUAGCUAAUGAAAUUCUUCUUGAUAGCUUGUUGUUCUUGUUGCACUCAGCAACUGACCUAUUUUGUCCACCAGAUAAUGUGAUCGAUAUCAUAUUGAAUUCUGCUGAAAACCUCAACCGACAGCUUGCAUGUCUUUACAGCUCUGUUAAUGCAGGGGAUAAGAAAUUGGAUAAUGUAAAAUUACAUGGUUUACAAAGACGUUGGGCACUUCUCCAGAAGCUGGUUCUGGCUUCAUCUGGUAGCGACAAUACUAGAGAACUUGUCAGCAUUAAAAAAGAUGGUUUUCGUUUUAGAAGCUUAGUUCCUCCAUCAGCAUGGGUGCAUAAGAUAUCAGAAUUUUCCAGGUUUUCUAGCCCACUUCCUCGAUUUCUUGGAUGGAUGGCAGUGUCGCGUUAUGCCAAGGAAUAUUUAAAUGAGAGACUGUUUCUUGCCUCUGAUUUCUCACAGCUUACAACUUUGCUGUCAAUUUUCACUGACGAACUUAGUUUAAUGGAUGGAGUUGCAACUCAGAAGGUCAAGUCUGCUGACACUGAGCAAUCUGCUUGCAAUAAUUACUUACUUCUUAAGAAGGAAUCUAUGUCGUCAGAUAAACCAAGCAUGAACAAACUGUUUCAGAUUUUACUCCCUGAACUACAUUUCUUUUUUCCAAGCAUGAGCAGACUGUUUCACGCAUUUGGAGAGACCAUUUUGGAAGCUGUUGGUUUGCAGUUAAAAUGUCUCCCCAAAAGUGCAGUACAAGAUGUUCUUUGUUGGUUUUCUGAGAUGUGCAUGUGGCCUUACCUUGAAGGCAUCAAGGAGCAUCUUGUACUUGCAAACGGAGUAAGUUCUUUGAGAGGUAAUAUUGCUGCUAAUGCCAAGGCUGUUGUUUUCUAUCUACUCGAGUCGGUUGUUUCUGAGCACUUGGAGGCUAUUGUUCCUGAAAUGCCAAGGGUAGUGCACAUUCUUGUGUCACUUUGUAGAGCUUCUUAUGCUGAUGUGGCCUUCCUUGACUCUGUAUUGUGUCUGCUGAAGCCAUUGAUAUCUUACUUCCUAAGGAAGGGAACUGAUGAUGAACAAGUGAUGGGUCAUAUAACUGACUGCAGUGAUUUUGAGUUGAUUUGUUUUGAAGAACUGUUUGAAAUUAUCCGGUGUGGUAAACAUACAAAGGAUCCAACCAGUGAUAAGAUUCAGGUCCCAUUGCUGAUCUUCAUUCUGGGGUCUCUGCUUCCUGAUCUGUCCUUUAAGAGGAGGAUUGAAAUAUUGGACUCCUUGCUAGUAUGGGUAGACUCUAUCAGCUCUGAUCCCCCAUCACUGCUGUGUAGUUAUCUUGAAGGCUUUCAUACACUUAUUGAUGGUUGUGUAACUAUACUAGUUCAGAAUAUUGAAUUACUUGGUAUCAUCAUCCUUUCUGUGAGAGAACAGUCUAGGGAGGCUGCAAAUUCCAUAAGUGGGGAUGCCAUGAUGCAACUUGAGAAGAAUUCACAAGAUAGUGCAGAGCAGCUACUAGUUAAAUCCACAGACAAUGCGGAAAAGUCGAAGGGGCCACCUGCUGGUUGUAUCAUAGAAUUUUGUGAUGCCCUGGAGAAGGUCAUUUCACAUCUUACUCUGUCAAUUGAGAGUAGCUGGAAAUGGCACCAUCAGUUGGCCUCUAGGCUGUCUUCAUUGAUGGCAAAGUGUUUGCUGUAUGCGAAAUGCUUAAAAGCUGUUACUCAAGGAAACACAAUUUCUAGUAGCACUAGGCAAGAGGUGGAGCUUGUACAAAAACACUGGGAGAGUGCUCUUGAAGGUCUUGCAGAAACCAUUUUAGGAAAUCAGGAAAAGCAGUGCUGGCAGGUGGCAUCCUCUAUGCUUGAUUAUAUGAUUAAACUACCUAAUGUUCUUGCUUGGGGUAAUGUUCUUAGUGCCACUUGUUCAGCAAUCGAGCACUUCUGCUCUCAUGCACCUAGGAUAUCUUGGAGACUGCAGACAGAGAAGUGGUUAUUGUUAUUGGUUUCGGGUGGAAUUGAAGACCUCAAGAAUAGUGAAACCUCGUUGAUUAAUCUUUUCUGUACAAUGUUGAGUCACGCCGAACCAGAACAACGCUCUGUUGCAUUGCAGCAACUUGGGAGGAUUAUUCACUUCGCGAGUACUGCUGAAGUCGGAUCUGGUUCAGCAAUGACGUCCCAUUUGGUUACUCAUACAUGGAACAGAAUAGCAGCAUUGGCUCUCUAUGACUCUUCUAUGCUAUUAAGGAAUCAUGCGAUGGCUUUGCUCACUGAAUAUGUUCCAUUUGUUGAUAAAAAUCAUCUGCGGUCAUUUCUUGCAUCAAGUGACAGUAUCCUGAAAGGUGUGGGGCAACUUUCAUGUGUAAUUGAAGAGGGAUAUUUGACACGAAUGUCCUUACUGUUGCUUUCAAAGGCAUGUCUUUAUUCUUCUUCUGAAGAUAUUGCUUUGAUUCCUGAAUGUGUUUGGAGGAAAUUGGAAAACAUGCAAACAUCACUAACUGGAGGUUUUGGUGAUGUCGAGAAAGAUCUCUGUCGAGCUCUAUGUCAGCUAAGAACUGAAUCUGAUAAAACGGUUGUAAAAGAACUUCUCGCAGGAUCUACUACAAAACCAGUGAACACUGAUUAUAAGGAUAUCCGUGAAUCAAUUCUUCAGGUCUUGUCCUCUUUGAGUUCUGUUGAGUCCUACUUUGAGUUCUUCUCAAUCAGAUCUGAUCAGGAAUGUCAGGAACUUGAAGAAGCUGAGAUUGAAUUGGAGCUUAUUAAAAACGAGAAAGCAGUUCAGAAAUUUGUCGGACGUCCCCAGGAUACUGUGGCUCCAGGUGUGUUAUCAUAUUACAAGGAUAGUAGUGAAGUUAAUAAACAGCUUCAGCAGAUCCGUGAAGAUAUACGGUCCCUAGAACGGUCCAAGCUCAGAGAGGAAAUUAUAGCACGCCGACAGAAGAAAUUGCUUAUCAGACAUACUCGUGAAAAGUACUUGGAAGAGACGAGUUGCAAGGAAAUGGAGCUUAUGCAAGAGCUUGAUAGGGAAAGAACUCUUGAGAUGGAGCGUGACAUCGAAAGGCAGCGACAGCUGGAUCUCGAGCGCGUGAAGUCUAGGGAACUGCAAUAUAACCUCGAUAUGGAAAGGGAGAAACAAACUCAGAGAGAACUUCAGCGUGAGCUGGAGCAGGUUGAGUUGGGGCGGUCAUCGAGGCGGGAGUUCUCAUCCAACCCCAGCAGCCGGGCGAGGGAGAGGUACCGCGAAAGGGAUAACGGGAGAGGCGCGCAGCAGGAGGGAAGCCGCGGCCAAGGCCACGAGGGUCAAUCAACAGUCGUGAUGGGCGGUGCAUCAAGGCCAUCGUCGUUCCCUACGAUACUGCAAUCUCGCGACCGUGGCAGCGAUGGCGGCUACGAGGAGAACGCGGAGGGAAGCAGGGAUUCCGGCGGCGAUACCAGCAGCAUGGGAGACCCGGAGUUGGACGGGCCGGGGUCGGGCUCGAGGCACGGGACACGAGCCGGCGGCAGCAGCAAGUCGUCAAGGCAGGUCCUGGAGCGGAGAGAGCGGGACGGUAGACGGGAAGGUAAAUGGGAGCGGAAGCAAUGAAGGCAGGCCACUCCACACUCAUGGUGGCCACCACUAUUCAGUAGUCAUUUGGUCAGUGGUCACUACUCUAACUCUACACUACUCUAACUCUACUCAGCAGUCCUUUGGUCAACUAUGCAAUGCAUCUCUUGCCCCAGCAACUGGCCUCUACUGUAAUCAAAUCGAGCGUGCUGUGCCUAUUGCAAAUUUUGCGUCUUGUAUCAUGGAUUCAUGGUA